GGCUGCGGACUCAGCGCGCGGGCUGCGGCCACUCGGUCGGCGUCCAGCGAGUAGCGAGGACCAUGGAGCCGGUGUCGCUGCAGGACUUCGUUUGCACCCUGGACCUCGCCUCCCUCCCGCGUGUGCUGCGGGUCUGCUCGGGGGUCUACUUCCAAGGUUCCAUCUACGAGAUCUCUGGGAAUGAGUGCUGCCUCUCCACAGGGGACCUGAUCAAGGUCACCCAGGUUCGCCUCCAGAAGGUGGUCUGCGAGAACCCAGGAACGGGCCAGACCAUGGAAAUCACCCCCAGCUUCUGUGGCCACUUCAGCCCCCUCACCGGCCCUCAGAGCUAUGCAACCCUGGAGGAGCUGCUCUCUGCUGCAACCCGGCGCUCCAAGAAGCUGCCCAUUGGCUUCAUGUCAACCCACAGAAUCACCACAGGGGCCAGGGUGGUGCCCAGGGACCAGCCCCUCCUGCUUGAGGAUGUGGAAGCAUACCAUAGGACCUACCGUGCCCGCUGCGUGCUAGACACCGAAACCCAGCCGUUCAUUCUGCACCUGCCCCUGUCCCAGAAGGGGCCCUUCUGGGAGUGGGAGCCUGGUGCCCCUCGGCCCCUGCUCCAGGCCCUGCAGGACCCAGCCCUGAGCGACCGCCUCUUCACCUGCCCCACCCUCCCCUGGCGUUCCCUGAUCCUGAGGCCCCAGUAUGAGCUCCAAGCCAUCAUGCACUUGCGCAGGACCACUGUCAAGAUCCCCUCCACCCUGGAGGUCGACGUGGAAGAUGUCACCGCCUCCUCUCAACACAUCCACUUCAUUCAGCCACUGCUGCUGAGCGAGGCCCUGGCCCGGGGAGGCCCCUUCCCUCUGCCCACGGAGAUCCUGGAAGUUCCGGAGGGGCCCCCCAUCUUCCUCAGCCCAUGGGUAGGCUCCUUGCAGAAAGGCCAGAAGCUCUGCAUCCAUGGCCUGGCCUCACCACCCUGGCGGGUCCUGGUCUCCACCAAGGGCCGGAAGGUGCCCAGACACUUCAUGGUCUCCGGGGCUUAUCAGGGCAAGCUGCGGCGGCGGCCGAGAGAGUUCCUCACGGCCUAUGACCUCCUGGGUGCUCUUCGGCCAGGCCAACCCCUCCGGGUCGUGGCCACAAAGGACUGUGAGGGCGAAGGGACAGACGGCCCUGGGUUUGCGUCCCUGGCCGUGGGCGACAGGUUGGAGGUGCUGAGGUGUGGCCAGGCCCAUGGGGCCAAAGGCCAGGACAUAGAUGUCUUGGUGUGUCAGCGGCUGAGCGACCAGGCUGAGGAGGAAGAGUAUGCAGAGGGAGAAGACGAAGACCAGAUUCUGCUGCCCCUCUACUUCUCCAGUAGUUUCGUGGAGGAGAUGAGUGACAAUCGACGCUAUAACCUGGAAGAUCUGACUGCCCAGUUUCCACUGCCCUGUGAGGCCAAGGUGGUGGCCAAGGACAGCAGCCUUCCUGUUGAUCCUCUGCCCUCCUUCCCAGGCCUGCGGCUGGAGGACAAAAUCACAGAACCCUUCUUGAUGGUCAGCCUUGACUCCACCCCUGACAUGUGCUUCGAGAUCCCUCCCCGGUGGCUGGACCUGACUGUUGUGGAGACCGAGGGGCAGCCCGGCCAGCCAGCUGGGCCCCUCCCUGUGGCCACAGUGGAGGAGCUGACAGAAGCCUUCUACUAUACCCUCCGGCAGUUACCGGACUUCGAGAACCAACCCCCCCCACCGAGGCCCCCCAAAAGCCAGGGCCUCAGUGGGCAGAAGAAACAAAGCGGCAAGGACAAAAGUGGCCAGUCCUCUCAAGUGGCAGGACUGCAGCAAGCCCCUCUGCACCCCAAACCCAAGAUGAAGACGCUGCCACAGUGCGCCAAGGACAGCUCGAAUACAUACAGCAAGGUUUCUGCCCACAGGAAGGACCCCAGGCACACUAAGUCCGUCACAAAAGAUCCAGAUGACGAUGAACACGAUUAUGAAGAAAUAUUUGAGAAAUUCCAGAACACCCUUUAGAUGCUGGAGGAACCCUGCUUCCUAACUGCUGUUUCUCAGGGAAUCUGAGAUACCAGCCAACCGUUGCAAGCCUUUACAAGACCUUGGACAAGAUCUCACUGAAAUCAGACUGUGGAUAGGAAAUGGCUUCUUGGGACCAGUGUGAAAAGGGAUGGGCAUUGUACCAGCUUUCUUUAGGUUCUAGGCUCUUGCCACUAAGGGCUGGCUUGUUUGGGCCUGGCACCUUACACUUGACUCCCUCAGCCUCAGAGCUUUGGUAUCUGGAGGAGCCAACCGGGUUGUAUUCAAUCCUGAGUCUCCCACACCCUUGUGUCACUGGUUGGUGCGGAAAGGAAUCUGAGACCACCAACCCUGAUGGCGGCGGCACUGUGUUUCCUGCCUCUUGGUACAGGGGACUCAAUCCGAACACACCGCACCGAGAGCCUUGUCUCCUGUUUGCCACCCCCUUGCCCUCCCUUCCCCCACCAAACUCUAAGCCCCUGAGGGAGCAGGACCGUGUCACCUGUGCAGGAUAAAGCACACGGUAGUUGCAGGUGACGAUCCAAGAUUUUUUCACUCUAAGACCAUAGAAUAAACAUGACAUCUGCGUGUGUGGAAAAACGGGAACAGAUACCAUUUAGUGAGGUCUGUGGGCCAGACCCUUUAUAAACAUUAUCUAAAUCUUCAACUCUCUGGAUAGACAAUGGCCUGAUUUUAAAGGUCUGAAAACGAGCUUGAGUGGCCAGGAGCUUCAGGAGGCUGGGUUAGCACCCCGGCUCACCUCCCUACCAGCGGUGACCGUGAGCAAGGGACUUCCACCUAAGCUUCAGUUCUGUCAUAUGUAAAAUACAAGUAACCGUUAUCUACCUCGCAGAAUUGUUCAAAGGAUCAAAUGCGAUAAUCCUGGUAAAGUAUCUAGUGCAGUGCCUGGCACAUAAUAAACACUCAGUAAAAAUGAGAGCAUCAUUCCCGUUGACCAGAGCGCGAAGUGGUACCUGUCUCCAGAGCCUGUGUCCUUUCCCUGUCCCCACCCCGUCCCCAGUCGUGGAAUCCGUCCGUGUCUGAAAUAUACUAAAGCUCCUAGACCGUGGAGACGACACGUGCGGACUGGAUGGAGAGCCUCACCACCCAGUGGAACAGAGAUAAAUCUGUGUCUAUGCGGACACUAACUCAGCUUCCAAGGUCAGUCUAGGCCUGUUCCGUGAGGCGAGACCACAAGCCUCACUUCCUGGAACUUCCUAGGGCUUUGGUUCCUAGACGGAGGCAGUCAUAGAACCAAGCACCGUGGUCAGCAGAGGAUAGGAGAGAGACAAAAAGGUGACCGGAGUCUCCGGCAGAGGAGGGAUAGAGUGUCAGUCCGGAGCUCCCGGAUUCGAGGGAGCGCACCUGAGUGUGUCCUUCCUUUGCCUGCUGACGCUCCUCGGGGCUGUCUGGACCCACUGCACUUCCUAAGCCUCCUGGCUUCCAUACCCCGGCGUGGAGUUCUCCAGGGGACCGCCGGGCAGCUAAUACAGGCUGCUGGCCAGUUCCCGUGCCUUCCUCCAGAGAGAUGGCUAAGCUGUGCAGGAGCGCCCUGAGGAAGCGCGUGCUCUGGGACAAGCAAGAAAUAAGAAAAGUGGAAAAAAGUUCCUCCUCGGCACAGGACCCCGAGGGCCAGGCCCAUAUGCAGAAUGGCAAUAGUUCUUCCACACCUGCACUUAACUGUGGCACCAAAUUGAGCAAGAUCACAAAAGGGGGGCAGAGAGGGCUACCAGCUCCUACAGAAGGGGGUGUCUGAACGGCCAAAUGCUGCCAUGAGAAGCAAGCAAGCAAUAGUUAGGAAAGCAGGGCUUAAAAGGAAAACAUGUUUGAAAACCACAACUGUGAAUGUUUUAUCACAGCAGUGAGGGUUGGCAGGGACCAAAGGCAGACGAUGCCCGUGCAGUGCUCUGGUCUUAACUCUGGAAUAAGCCGCUGAGCGGUGGGCUGGGUGUUACAGUGGGGCUAGGGGAGCCCCAAAGCGAGCAGUGGUCUCCAAAGCGAGCACACACUCCUGGGAAUAUACUAGAUGCACACUGGGAAACAGAAAAGAAUUAUUAGUCCAUCCCUUCAUAUUUAUUUUUCCUAUCUUUUCUCGUUUCUAUUUUUGAAUGCUUUGUGAUGCAGAGAACAUGCUAACACAGACACAGACGUAAGUAACUGCUGAAUAAACGACUGUGAGCUGGAGAGGCCUACUCGGAAA